AUGAACAUCAAAACCCUGAUACCCUUGGCCGCCGUCGCCGCAUUGGCCGCCAUUGACCAAGCUGCCAACGUGAUCCUGCCGCAAAUCGCAUAUCCGCCGUAUGGAUGCGGCGACGCAUGCCAAAAUGCCCUCAAGCAAGCUGUACCCGCAGACAUUGUCACCGUCGGGCUAGACUUUGACAGCGAAUUUUACGCCACGGCGCACAACUUCAGCGCCGACCUGCAGCCGGGCCAAGUUCUCAAGUUUGAGACGCUCAACGCCAACGACCGCCUCGUCAGCUCCGGCACGAGCCUGUUCCGCCUACAGUGA